GUGACGUCAGCUCCCGUCUCGCUGAGAGUGAAACAAACAUGGCGACAGACUGGAGUGGACAGGGGUAUAUUCUAACUUUAAUCAUUUUUAUCUGGAGCGCAGUUGCUGGGCGAGCUGAGGCGGCGGGAGUGGAGGUCGGCAACAGCCGGAUCAUCGGCAUGAGACUGGAAAAAAGCGACAAGGAAGCGACGACGACUGAUGACGGGGUCAUCCAGGUAACUGAGGAGAGCAAGAUCCUGCUCAGGUUUUACGGGCUGCAGCUCAACUCAAACACCUCUUCACAGAUCAGGUUCACGGAGCACGGUGACGAGGAUAAGAAUAAUGACAAUUUUAACAGGACUUGCGCCGACUUCACGAAAGACUUCGCAAUCGGCCGUUACAUGAACGUCAGCAACCAGGGCACUACGGGAUUGCUGAGUGUAAACAUUAAACCGCUCCGCAAGAGCGAGCCGCAUAAGGAGUAUGGCUUGUGCGUCAGGCAAAGCCCGGAAGACAAGUGGUACCUGCUGGGUGAGAGCGACGGCAAGCUGAGGGUGGUGGAGGAGAAGACGUCCCUGUUGCCGAUGUGGCUGCAGAUCAUCCUCAUCGCGUUUCUCUUGGUGCUGUCAGGCAUGUUCAGCGGUCUCAAUCUGGGUCUGAUGGCCCUUGACCCGAUGGAGCUCCGCAUCGUUCAGAGUUGUGGCACCGAGAAGGAGAAGAAGUACGCCCGCAAAAUUGAGCCCAUUCGCAGGAAAGGAAACUACCUGCUGUGUUCCCUUUUGCUCGGCAACGUGCUGGUGAAUACCACGCUCACGAUCCUGUUGGACGACCUCAUCGGUUCCGGCCUCGGCGCAGUGGUCGCCUCCACUAUUGGCAUCGUUAUCUUUGGGGAGAUCGUACCCCAGGCACUGUGUUCCCGCCACGGUUUGGCGGUGGGGGCCAACACCAUCCUUGUGACCAAGUUUUUCAUGCUGGUCACCUUUCCACUAUCGUACCCAAUCAGCAGGCUCCUGGACUGUGUGUUAGGCCAGGAGAUCGGCACCGUGUACAACCGGGAGAAGCUCGUGGAGAUGCUGAAAGUGACAGAACCGUACAACGACUUGGUUAAAGAAGAACUCAACAUGAUCCAGGGGGCUCUGGAGCUCCGUACCAAGACCGUGGAGGACGUCAUGACAACUCUGAACGACUGCUUCAUGAUCCACAGCGAUGCGGUGCUCGACUUCAACACCAUGUCCGAGAUUAUGGAGAGCGGCUACACGCGCAUCCCCGUCUUCGAGGACGAACGUUCCAACAUCGUGGAUGUUCUCUUUGUGAAGGACCUGGCGUUCGUGGACCCGGACGACUGCACGACCCUAAAAACGAUCACCAAGUUCUACAACCACCCGGUGCAUUUUGUAUUUCACGACACCAAGUUGGAUUCCAUGUUGGAAGAGUUUAAAAAAGGUAAAUCCCACCUGGCCAUCGUGCAGAAGGUGAACAACGAGGGCGAGGGCGACCCGUUCUACGAGGUGCUGGGCCUGGUCACGCUGGAGGACGUCAUCGAGGAGAUCAUCAAGUCCGAGAUCCUGGACGAGUCCGACCUCUACACUGACAACCGCAACAGGAAGAAAGUGGCCCCGAACAAGAACAAGCGCGACUUCUCCGCCUUCAAACACGAGAGCGAAUCGAAAGUCAAGAUCUCGCCCCAGCUGCUGCUGGCCGCUCACCGCUUCCUGGCGACAGAGGUGAGCCUGUUCAGCCCGUCUCUGAUCUCUGAGAAGGUUCUGCUGCGGAUCCUGAGGCACCCCGACGUCAUCCUGGAGAUCAAGUUCAACGAGAGCGACAAGCGCUCGCCGCUGCACUACGUGUACCAGCGCGGGAAACCCGUCGACUACUUCGUCCUCAUACUGCAGGGCCGGGUUGAGGUGGAGGCGGGGAAUGAGAACAUGAAGUUUGAGACGGGACCCUUCUCCUUCUACGGAGUCAUGGCUCUCAAUACGCCGUCACUGGUGACGACGUGUCGUCCUCGUCACCUCUCUCUAAAAAGGUGUUCUCUGUUCUCUCGUUUUCCAGAGUUCCGCUCCCCCUCCCACAUCAGCGGGCUGAACCGCUCCGCCUCCCUCAGCUGCACGGACCGCACCGACACCCUGUCCGUCAGCGGCAGCAACAGCCAGCUCAACAGCGCCCCCUCGCCGCAGUACACCCCCGACUUCUACGUGCGCGCGCUGUCCGAUCUCCAGUACGUCAAGAUUACGCGCUCGCAGUACCAGAACGGGCUGGUGGCGUCCCGCAUGGACAGCACCCCCCAGUCCCCGGAGAGCGGGCACACGCGGCUGGACCUGCCCCUCACCCAGGCCCCCCCGGAGGUGGCCGAGAACGGGUCGGACGAGACCACGUCCCUCCUCAACGAGCAGAACUGCCAGUCCUCCCAUCAAUCAAACCACAACACCCAUACAGAGAGCACCAUCUGACAGGAGUGGGCGGGACCUAGCGGACCAUGCGCAGACAAACACACACAGAGACACGCACAUGGACACACACACACACACGCUGACACACACACACACGCUCACACACACACACACACAUUUGGGAGGGCUAUGGAGCUCCUCCCACCUCCUCCUCCUCCUCACCUCCUGUCUUCUACUUGAACCUGUGACACUCCACACCCUGUGGGGCCCAGGGCCUGAAUUUGAGGCGUGGCCCUCGAAGAGGUGAAGCAUCCUGGGUCUCACAGUCUCACCUGUCCCCUGGCCCUCACCUGGCAACGGGACAGAAACUCCAGAGAUGUGUGUGUGUGUGUGUGUGUGUUUGUGUGUAAAGUUAUGCAUGGUAGGUUCUGCUGUUAGCCCAGUGUGUAUGGGAGAAGGGACCAUUAAGUGGAACAAGAGUUAUGGUGAAAGUGUGAGUGUGUGAAUGUGUGUGUGUGUGUGAGUGUGAGAGCAUAGCAGGGUAAGGGGGGAAGUGGGUGGGGCAGUCUGACGUGUUAUUCUUGCCCCACACCUUGACCAUUUUUUUAGGCAGAACAAUUUGUGGUUUUUUAUAAACACAUAGAAGUUUAUUUUUCUCACUUUUUGUACAAAAAGGCACCUCAGAAAUCAGCUUCCCGUUCAAGAGGGAAGCGGCGAAUGCCUUUUCAGCCAGUUCCCCUUUGACAGCGCCUUCGUUUUUUUUCACGUCGGAUACGCUUCGUUAGAGACCGGUCUUCGUUUAUAUUGUCGGAUUUUCGUGUGUGUUCGUUCCCUCCAACCUGCUAUCUCCUCCUCGCUCUUGUCUGUCGUCAUGGCAACUCACACCGCUCAGGGAGAC